AUGGACACAGAUGAUCUUGAAAACCAGGCAUAUUGGGAUAUUGUUAGACUCUCGAAAAAACUUGAUGUUUAUAAUGGCGGAAGAAAAACAAAAAAGUUAUUAAUUAAUAGAAUAAAAGAAAAACUUUCAAAAAAUGACCCAACUAAAACAGAGAAAAAAGUUGCAAAAACAACAACAACAAAGGGAACAAAUAACAAAUCUAAAAAAACUGAUACUAAUAAAGAAGUUUUAAAAAAUACAACAAUAUUACAAGAGUUAUUUUCAAAAAAUAAAACUCUUAUUUAUAAUAUUAUUAAGCAUUUAGACAUUGACGAUAUCUAUCAUUGUGAAUUAGUAAACAAAGAAUGGAACAAUGUUUCAAAUAGUAAUAGGCUUUGGGAAUUAUUAUUUUUAAAAAAUAUAUUAAAUAUCAAAGAUUUCAGCGACGAAGAGAAAGAAAUUUAUUCGCAAGGUUUUAUCAAAGAGUCAUUCGAUCCAACUAGUACAUUAAAAGUAAGAGAGAUCUACGCACUUUGUUUCCCACACCAUUAUAAAAGAUUUUCAAAUUUCAAUAAAUUGAAAUCAGCAGGCAUCAUACCAAGUUCUAAAUGUGUAGCAACCAAUGGUGUUGUUAAUUUCAAAGAAAAAAGAGGCAGUAAAGGAUUAAAACAAGAAUUGGAGAAGCACGUCAUUGAUUUAUACAGCAUUUUAUCAUCCUAUAAAAGCAAAUCAAAAGAAAUCGAUCCAAUAUGCUCAGACAGUGAAGAGGGGUUAAAACCUAGAGUUAUUCACUUAACAAAUUUUAGAACCACAGAAUCAAACAAAAGAGAUAGACUUUAUUUUGGUGACAAUAUAUUUCAAAUUUUAAUUUGCAUACCAAAUAAAGUUAUAUCAAAAUUGGAUCCAAACAAAACAAUAAUAGAAUAUUCAAGAUUCAUGAAAGCUCAUUUCACAUAUGCAUAUGGUUAUGAUAUUUCUGAAUGUUGCCCAAAUGAGAAUCCAGAUAAUUUUGGUUUUUUACAAGGUCACUUUAAAGCUCAUUAUUACGAUUUCAAACUAUUUGAUUUUGAUAAGCCAUACUAUGAUAAAAUCAAUAAAAAGUAUGGUAUGGAUCAAUUUAAAGAAAACAAAUCAACAGAAAAUAAACUCGAUUUAUUUGGUUUAUGGAUACACCAAUUCAAUAAUGAUUUUAAUUCGCCAAGAAGCAUAGACGAAGGAUAUGUAAAAGAUUUAGAGAAUUUCACUAGAGGAACCAUUUCUUUUGGAACAGAUGAAUAUAGUCUCCAUAAUCAUCCACUAUAUGAAUUAAAGGGUUUUCUUCCCGUUUUAGAAUAUUCUUUUAAAACAAACAAUCCAAUCAAUUCAGAUUUUGGAAACAUUUUCGAUACACCAUCUAAAUUUACAGAGUUUUAUAAUCAAUGUGCCAAUGAUAAUAAGAUUGAUGGUAAACGAAUAUUAAAGAAUUUAAUUUGGAAACUUGACCUUUAUAAUAAUAUUGGUUCAGUAGUAUCAAAAAGUGAAGAAAAUAACCUAUCAGAUUUUUUCAAAAAUUCAAUAAUUUUAAAUUACUGUUACAAAUAUGGUUGCUAUUUUUAUGAACAAAAAAAACAAGUAGAUUAUGAAUUUGGUUUCUCUAUUCCAUACGAUAAAACUAAUAAUCUUAUGCUAAACUUCAGCUUUCAGAAUAUUGGGGAAAAUAAUAAUAUAUAUUUUUCAAUUACAUACCAAUUUUUAGAUAAAGAAAACAAACCAAUUCAAGAUCAAGAAAAAAAGAAACUAUACAGUCUAUCCGAACGUAAGGUUACCUAUGAAACCGAUUUAGUUAAAGAAAGCGACAGCACUAGUCUUUCAUUCAAAAAUUUUAUUUCAUUAUUGUUUAAAACCAAAUUCCCAUUAUUCAAAUUUGAACUUUCAACCCUAUUACAAUUAGCAAGAAUCGAUAAUUUUAUAUCUUGGGCCGACAGUGAUACCUCCAAUUUACCAAUCUAUUCAAAAUUAAAAUGGAAAAAAGAUUUCUUUUUGAAGAACUGUUUAAAUGGAUACAAUUUAAGAUUUUAA